AUGGGUGUCUCCGCCUCUCGCAGCAGCGGCCCAGGCGCCGCCAGUGCCCCCAGCGCCGCGCCCACCGCCUCCUCUGCGCUCACUUUCAGCGAAUCAGAUGCAGACUUCGAGCGUGCGCUGAGCUCGUACGACGUCCCGACCGUGGCCGAUGCGCUGCGCCGGUACCUGGCGGCCGAGACGCAGGCGAGCCUCUCGGCGGGCUCGGCGGCCAAGCGGCACUCGGCGCAGCUGCGCAGCGUCUUCUACGAGCGCUUCAACCAGCUCCUGGACCGCGUCUUCGGCAGCGACACGGUCUCCAAGCAGAAGUUCGGCGGCUGGCUCGACUACAGCGCCGGUCUGGGCGUGGCGCCCGCGCCGGGCUCGGCAGCGGCUCUGGCGGCCAAGAAGCGCGCCGAGCAGAUGCGCGAGCGCGCGCUGGCGGGCGUCGCCACGGAUGAGGACGACGUGGAGGACUUCCUGACCUCCCUGGCCGCCAAUGGCCGCGCCAUCGUCAAGCUGCUGGGCGGAGGCGUGCGCGCGGAGGACGGCUCCGUCUUCCAGUUCCUCUUCCGCGUGCAGCACCCUGUGGAGUUCAAGCUGGCGCUGGACAUGCUGCCCGAGCAGAGCAAGAUGGCCAUCGUGAGCGGCCGAGGGGCGAGUCUGCUCUUCACGCAGCUGCUGCACAAGCCGCUGGCCAAGCAGCGCCUGGAUCUGCGCAGCCCCGAGCUGCUCGUGUCCAUCACGGAGCUGUAUCUGUUCUACUUCUUGGGGCACCCGGCCUCGUCGUCGCACCCGAGCGGCUCGGUGGCGUCCUCUACGCCCGCGUUGCUGUCGGCCGCUGCCAAGACGCGUCAGACCAGCUGGCGGAUGUUUGUGAAGGAAGGCGUCGCUGCGCUGACGAAGGGGAACCCGUACAAUGUGCUGUUGCUGCAGUACCUGCGCGCCUUCUUGCCGGACAGCAACCGCGGCGUCAAGAGCCGAUUCCACGGCAAGCUGCUCAAGGACUCGAACCUGUUCCUGCACAUUCUGAUCGAGUUCUGGCUGCGGCAGAACCUCAUCUCGUUCUCGGAUGAGCCGGUGGGGGCUUCGACUGCUGCUCCUGGAGUCAUUCGUCCGCCGCCACCGGGCAAUAUGCUGGUCAGCCCGUUUGCCUCGGUGUACACGUCGACGAGCUAUAUGGCCCCGUCAGAUGACCUGCUGAGCUCCCUGCUGCUCACUAUCAUCCAUCUCCUUUCAGACUCGUUCUUCCCGGCGCCUUUGGCUGAUGAUUCGUCGAGUGGGUCGCAAGGAGGUGCAGGUGGCAUGGUCGUCGGUAGCGGUGGAGUGUAUUUGAGCCGUAGUGUGACGAUGCUGCGUCCUCCGCUUUACGCGUUCUUCCGGCUCGUGUUCUCGCGUGCGCCGAUUGGACUCUCGCCGACAGCGUUUUUGGCAAUCACCGACGUUUGGCUCGCGUACAUUCAGCCGUGGCAUUGCCGGUAUUGGAUCGAGUCGAAGGACCCAGCUGCAGCUGCAACAGAAGCUGGACCUGAACAAGACACGCUGUCCGGAUACACAUCGGCGUGGGAAAGCUACGUGCUCGCGAACUACCACUUCUACACAACGUUGCUGGGCGCGUUUGUGGAGCGCGCGAAGGAGCUGGACUUCUCUGCAGGUGAUGAGCGCAACCUACAGAUCGUUGACCGAGUUUUGAGUGUGUACAACUCGGACUUGUUGGCUCUGCUUCGCCGUGCAUCGCUUCACCUCGAGAAGACGCAGCCGUUUGCGAUGCCGUUCAGCUUCAACCGCAGCUCCAACUUCACUCGCACUCGGAGCGGAAGUUUUGGCUCUUCAUCGAAGCCCAAGUCUAGUGCGGGUGAUGCGUUGACGGCUACACAAGCGCAUGUGCUGACAUUUUACUGCAAGUCUCUCGGUAUCGAGUGCACUCCCGUGCCACUACACGAUAGCUUCCACCGCGACGCGGAACGCUUGUUUGACAAGCUGUGGGCUGCGGCUGUGACGUCCGCUUCGGCGUCUUCGACACCUUCUGUGCACUCGCCAGCGGACUUGUACCAGAACGUGAGCGCUGUCUUCCGGGCUUCGAGCACUAAAACAGUGGACAAGGUGUCCGAGCAGGUUCAGCGCAUGAGCCGUAUGUUGCGGCGUGUGUUCGAGAUUUCAGAUGCCUACGUGGCCUCGACGGCGCACUCGCGGACAUCAUCAGCUGCAACGGGCGGAGGCAUCGAGUCAUUCGCGCCAAGCCGAGACAAGAAUCUUCCGCACCUGCUGAGUCGCGAGGGGGUAUUCCAGCUGCAGCAUGGCAUGCGUUUGUGUUCACCCGACUCAGCGGAGUACAUCGGUGACCCCAUGCUCAGUCCUAUUUGCUCGUACGAGGUCGUGUGGCUGGUACGACUGUCCUACAGAGUCUCGACGUGGCUCAAUACGCGCUUUGGAUUCGUGAACUCGUACCAUGGCAAGCGACUGGAAGACAACUUGGAGGUGGACCCGGCGAGCCCAUUUGUGCGAUUCCGGUUCAACUUCCGCUUCCUUGCCAGCAAGGUGAACCUCAGUUAUCUUGCAGCAUUCGUGCUCCUGCUCUACGUGCUCUACUUCUGGUGA